AUGACUCUUUCACCAGCAGCUGCUAUAAAAAUAGGUCGAGAGAAGGAUCCAUCAUCUGAAAUGGGAGAGAAGAGUCAAACUACGAAAGGUGACUCGAGUUCAACAAUUACCGAAUCCAACGAGAAGAAAAUGGAAGAGAGUAACUCACCCAAGACCGACUCAAAAUCGAAGAAGCGCAGUCUGUUUGGUUUUGGCAAGAAAAAGGUUGAUCCCAAAUCUACUAAACCUCUACCGAAAUCUUCGGGAUCGUCGAGUCCGCCGUCUACUAAGGAUGUGCCCCAAACAUCAACAAAGCGAUCGACUACAGGCUCGCCCAUCCAGCCCGGUAGCCCGAUUAUGACACCAUCUUCACCUGGCCGAGGUUUCUACUCGUCAAGCCCCCGAUUAUGUUCUCCGGCAGGUUCUCAAAUCUUCGAGCGCGAUGUGCAAGAGAGCGCCGUCGCGGUACCCAACUCACCAGCCAUUCCGUCCCAUAUCCAAACCGAAAAUUACAUCCCCCCCGUCCUUGACGCAUCUUCCGAAGCCAUCACAGACGAGCAUCUUAGCCCCGACUCCGUCGAGAUCGUUACGCAUAACAUGCACCAACCUGCGAGCGUGACUGUGACGGGUGCCUCUCCGUAUGAUACGGUGUCUAAUUCGUGGACGGAUGAUCUGGCUGCUUUCUCUGAUAAGGAGGAGUCUGCCUCGAACUACGGUUCGCUCGACUCUUCUGACGUCAGACGUUUGAGUUUCAUAUCAUUCGCCGAUGUCGUUCAGGCAGAGCAAAUACCCCCAAGUAGUAGCCGGGACUCGAUACAUCUUGCCGGCCUGACCUCGAUUGGAUCGAGAGGAGUCAACCGUUCACCGUCUCCAAUAAGAUCACCAGUAUCUUCGCAAGGUGCCGAGACAUCGCCACCGAAUAGCAUCUCGGGAUCUAUCAAGGGAUUGAGCAUGUCUCCUGUCAGAAAGCCCCUGGGCAGCCCGACUUCUGCGGAGCACAACCUUUCCGUGAAUGGGGACCUUAACAUAGAGACUAUGUCGCAAGCCCUGAGACGUACCGGUAGCACCGACCUCAGUAUUGCUCGGAGUCAUCCCGUCAGCCCGAUCGAGGGCAUGUCGCGCUAA